CCCCUAUAUAUAUAUAUCCCCACAAGUUCACACCUAUACUAAUCACCCCCAAACCCUGGUUUAGUUUACAAGCCACCCAAAGAUUUUCAUAUUCAUCCCUCAAUCCACAUCAAGAAACGCCAUUAAGAACAUACCUCAUUCAAAUCCUUUCUCUGGUGUCAGAUUCAAUCUACAUAUUCUAUACAUAUACAAAAAUCUAACACUGUAGCAUCGGUUUUUACCCACAAAAGAAAGAAAAGAAUACAUAAAAGAGCAAACCGAGAAUCUUGUUGGCGUUGAAAUGGCUUCAACUGUAUCAUUAUAUGAGGUGUUGGGGAUCUCAGCAAGUGCAAGUUGCCAUGAGAUAAAGGCUGCGUAUCGCAGACUAGCAAGAAGUUGCCAUCCUGAUGUUGUAUCCAUGAAUCAGAAGGAAAUGUCAGCAAAUGAGUUCAUGAAAAUUCAUGCAGCUUAUUCAACCUUAUCGGACCCUAAUAAACGUGCAAACUAUGACAGGGAUCUUUAUAGCAGGCAUCGCCGUCCGUCCUUUAGUUCUGCAACAGUGUUCGCAGCUUCUGGUUUUACUAAAACUAGAAACUGGGAGACUGAUCAGUGUUGGUAAUUGGUUUUAGAUUUCUAGGUUUUAUGUCGGAAUCUAUUAGUAAAUUAGCAUGUAAAGAGUCGUUAAUUUUCCUUUUUGGAUCUUUUGUUCUGAAUAUUCUGCAAUCACCAUCUUUUCAUUUGGACUAUAAUUUAAAAACAGAUUAGGAAGAACAGAGGGGAUAUGAUUAUUGACAACCGGGCUGACUCUGGCGAGAUAUGCAUUUCGUCCUGUAUAAUGUAAUAAUAUAUUUUUGUUUGUGAUUGGCC